AUGGAUGUGGAGGAUGCAGAAUGCACGACGUAAUGUUAUAGGCUGCUACUGGAGUGAAAUAUGAAUCCUUUCCAAAGGUACCAACACAUUUCAAUUCAUUCCAACCAUCAACUUGUGAAGUAGUCGCCAUUAAAUUGCAUUUCAUCCGUUUGUCUGCAAAGUUGCAAAGUGUGUACUGUAUGCGGCAGUGGUCAACAGAUUUCAAGUUUUCUUGAAAUUUUGAUCUGUUGGGACGAUUGUGACAUGUAGUUUUACGGAUCAAAUGGAAUUAACUCAAUAUCAUAUAUAAUCUCAUGUAGAUUUGUUGACACCUUCCACAGCAAUGUGGACAGCACAAACGGCGAAGUGGGGGACAUUCUCUCAUUCGUCAACCGUCUUCAAUAUUAUUGCUUUUUACUUAAUUGUAACAGCUAAAAGGGUUGUGAGUUUUGACGACAGUAUUAUCUCCCCGGUGGUUGAUCUCCAUGAAGGAAUAGAUUUGCAUUUGCAAGAUUCGUUAUGUCUGCCAAAUCAAUUCAUGUGUAAAAAUGGACUUAGUUGUAUCGAAAAAUCGAUGGUUUGUGAUAGCAGUGACGAUUGCUUUGAUGCAUCAGACGAGGAAAACUGUCCUGCUGACAUUCCUUGUCGUGAGGGAACUUUUCAAUGCAAAUACUCCAGAAAAUGUGUACCCAGUGGGUGGUUAUGCGACGGUGUGAGUGAUUGUGGCACGGUCCCUGGGUCUCUAACACAAACACAGGAUAUGAGUGAUGAAGAAGAUGAGAGAUGUAUAUCUGAUAAAACAUGCCAGGCAAACCAGUUUAAAUGCUAUGACGGUGUAACAUGCAUUCAGAUUGUCGAACUUUGUGACGGAGAACCAAAAUGUCCAAAAAAAGAAGACGAGCAUAAAUAUUGUGAUAAUUCUACGAUUUGUUCUGAAUCCGGCUGUAUAUAUGGUUGCAAACCGUCACCAUCCGGAGAAGCCAUGUGCUUUUGUCCAAUAGGCCAAGAGCACGAUGGAAAAAGUUGCAUCGAGUCCAAUGAGUGCUUGGAGGAUGGCGCCUGCGACCAAGUCUGCGAGUUGAAUCUGCAUAAGAAUAAAAUGUGCAGCUGCAUUGAUGGAUAUCGUUCUGCUGGAACGAAAUGUUUCGCCAAUGAUGUUCCAGACGGGCCCAGAGGAAAACCAUUAAUCUUUUUCCAAGAUGCGUCUGAUAUAAAAUGGAUAGGUUUGAAUGGUAACAAAAGCCCUUCACAUCCCCAAUACAUAAGUCCUAACCACACUGGAACGCUCGGAGUGGACUUUGAUCACCUUAAUGACACGAUUUGCUGGAUCAGUCAUUCUAAUGUAUCCCAUCUGAUGAAAUGCGGUUUAAGCAGUCGAUUGGAUGAGGGAUGGAAUAAACCCAAACCAUAUAUUUUUUCUUUGCAAGAUGUUUAUCACCUAAGCUUUGACUGGAUAAGCACAAACAUAUAUUUCGUUGAUGAAGCCCUAGAGCUGAUUUUUGUGUGUAACGAGGACGUGGAUCUUUGUAAAAUUAUCAUUGACUCCAAUGUGGCCAAGCCUCGAGGAAUUGCUUUAGAUCCUAUGCAAGGGUACAUGUUUUUUACGGUGUGGGGAAGAAGUGGAGCUAAAUUAGAAAGAUCGUUAAUGGACGGGACAUCUCGAGAAGUUAUUGUUUCAAAAAAGAUUGUUUAUCCUCAUGGCAUUACUUUAGACAUGCCAACAAAAGUGGUGUACUGGGUUGAUAAAUUCCUUGAUUCCAUUGAGCGAAUUAACUAUGAUGGUACAAAUAGACGAACUGUACACCGUGGGGUUCAGCAUUUACAAGACAUUACAGUUUUUCAGAAUGAUCUUUAUUUCAUAUCAAUGCACGACAAUAGUAUUAACAAAAUCAACAAAUAUACUCCUUCCCACUUCUCACCUUUGGUCCGUAAUUUGACCAAACCCUUUGCAUUGAAAAUUUAUCACAGGGUACGACAACCAAGAGUCAAACAUCCGUGUAUGACCCAUUAUGGGGGCAACAAUCCUUGUCAUGAAUUUUGUUUUCCUUUAUGGAAGAAGGGAAAACCUAUCGCGCAGUGUGGAUGUCGAGAGGGAUAUGUUUUAAAGUCAAACGUGUCAUGUGUUGAGGAGGACAGUACAUUUUUCAUGAUUUAUGUGAAAGCACAUUCUGGAGUUAUUAGAAGUGCUUCACUGAAAAAUGGAGUUAUUCGUAAAUUUAAUAAUGGCGUUAUGAUUCCUGUUGUCAAAAAAGGAAGCUACUCUGCAUUGGGAUAUGAUUACAAAAACAGAACAUUGUACUACAGUGAUAUAACCAACUUUCGGAUUUUAAAAAAGGGAAUGUAUCAAGCAGAUAGUACAAUUUACUUGGACAAACACAUUGGAGUGGUGGGAUCUAUUGCAGUGGAUUAUAUUGGAAGAAAUUUGUACUGGGUGGAUGAAACUAUUCCUGCAAUUUAUGUCAGCAAAAUAAACUCUGGAGCAGUUAAAAAGCUCUUGGUCCAUUCCAAUCUACAACAUCCAAGAUCACUGGUGCUGAGCCCGGCAACUGGAAUAAUGUAUUGGGCAACGUUAGCAUCGAGCGCGGCGAAAAGUGACGGAUCCAUCGAAAAAGCAUGGAUGGAUGGGUCUCACAGGGAAACAAUUGUUCAAGGUUUAGGACAUCCAAUAGGGUUGACAAUCGAUCAAGAAAAUAAGUAUUUGUUUUGGUUGGACACAUCAAAGUUUGCUGUUCAAAGACUAUUAUUAUCGAACCCAUUGCAAACUGAGACACUGUUUCGUAUCAACGUCACCGUAUAUGGAGAACCAACCGGCUUCGCAUAUUAUAAUGGGACCUUUUACAUUACUAUACUGGGAAAACUUAUGAAAGCAAAUAUUUCAAAGACAAUUGUAGAUGCGGAUAAAGUGGAACUCACGACGAUUUCAAAUGACGAAGAUAUUGCAGAAUUUUUAAUCUUUGAUUCGGAUUUCCAAAGAGGAAAAAAUAAAUGCACUAGCAAUAUGUGUGAAGAUUUGUGCUUGGCUUACCCUGAAAGAUCUGGAUCCACAUGUGCAUGCAGAGAUGGAUAUACUUUGAAAAAUGAUGGCAGAACUUGUAAAGUUGAUUAUAAAUACAAAAGUCCGUUGGAAUGCGAUCCUGGCGUGUUUAAAUGUACAAAUUUUCCAAAAUGUAUCCCUGAAAACUUGAUAUGCAAUGGGCGAGAUGACUGCGGCGACAACUCUGACGAGGAUUCUAAACGUUGUGAUCGGAGCUAUGCCAAACAAGGAUUUUGCACUCAGAGUUCAUUUCAUUGUGCUGGAUCUGGGCUAUGCAUUCCAUUGGCGUAUGUCUGCGAUGGCCAUUCAAAUUGUCCUCAAGGCGAUGAUGAACAUGCGUGUUCCAACGGAACCAUUCAUUGUUCUGAAUUUGAAUUUGAGUGUAAAGUAACAAAACGGUGUAUCCCUAAGUCUUGGGUUUGCGAUGGAUCCGUCGACUGUGGAGCUAUGGAUUCUUCAGAUGAACACGAACAUUGUGUUUAUCCCGAGUGCAGCGAACUUCAAUUUAAGUGUUCUAAUUCUUCAAGUUGUAUUCCAGCGGAACUAAUUUGUGAUGGAAUUAAAGAUUGUCCAGGAAAUGGAGAAGAUGAACAUCCAAAUAUUGACUGUCUGACGCAUUGCAAUCGAAACCGGAGUGACACGUUUUAUUGCGAAGUUGACAAUAAAUGUAUCAACAAAACCCAACAUUGUGAUGGAAUGUGCGAUUGCACGGACGCCAGGGACGAAUUGAAUUGUCCUGGGAAGAUUCAGCCUCCAGAAUGUGCUAGGAUUGCUGUUCUUGUUACUCAUGAUUUUGAAUGUGAUUUUGAUGUCGGUCCGCUAUUAUCCAAAGAAGAUUGUUAUAAUGUAUCAUGUGGUCGUCAUUCAUUCCGGUGCCAUGAUGGGAGUCAAUGCAUUCCUCUGAAAGCUCGAUGUGAUGGUACUCCAGAUUGCAAGCGUGAUGGAUCUGAUGAACAAAAUUGUCCAAAGUCUCCAAUAGUUUGUAAUUAUCCGUCAAGAUUAUGUGACAAUGGAAGUAAAUGCGUCCAAAUAAGUCAAGUCUGCGAUCGAAAGAUUGACUGUGAGGAUAAAUCUGAUGAAGGGAAACGUUGUGCAGAAAAACCUUGUAGUUCCGUCAAUUGUUCGCAUUAUUGUGCCACUGUUCCAGAAGGAUAUUUAUGCCAUUGUCCUGACGGCCAACACAUAAAUCCUUUGGAUAACUCCAAGUGCAUGAAUAAGAGUCAUCCUUGUGAUACUUUUGGAACUUGUUCUCAACUCUGCUGGAAGUUUGGAACCACGCAGUACCAAUGCCUUUGUCACCCUGGAUAUGCGUUACGCGAAGACGGGAUUACAUGUAGUAGCAUAAGCAACGAAAGUCCAUACUUGGUUUUCAGCAACAGACAUGAACUGCGAGGAUUGUAUCUCAAUAGUACAUCAAUUUUUCAAUCUUUAAUUUCCAAUCUAAGAAAUUCAAUUGCACUUGAUUUCUUUUAUCAAAAUGGGAAAUAUGACAUUUUUUGGAGUGAUGUAGUUGAUGACAAGAUUUAUCGAGGAUCACUUGUUAGUGGGUCUUUAAUCAACAUUCAAAUUGUUAUCGAGAAAGGAUUGGCUACCGCAGAAGGACUCGCCGUCGAUUGGAUUGGAGAAAAUAUAUAUUGGGUGGAAUCAAAUUUAGAUCAGAUAGAAGUAGCCCGGCUUAAUGGCAGCUUCAGGGAAACACUCAUUUCUGGAGAUAUGGUUUCCCCUCGAUCUAUUGCCGUCGAUCCUAAUUACGGACUUUUAUUUUGGAGUGAUUGGCAAACGGACGAUCCAAGAAUCGAGAGAGCGAGUAUGAGUGGAAAGUUUCGCAAAAAAGUAUUUAACGUUGGUAGUAGUGGGGAAGGUGCCUGGCCGAAUGGUUUAACGUUGGAUUACAUGCUCAAAAGAAUUUAUUGGGUUGAUGCUAGGUUGGAUUCGAUCCAUACGGUCAUGUACGAUGGCACAGAUUAUCAAGAAGUUCUGCAUGACCACGAAGCUUUAUCCCAUCCAUUUUCAAUAACUCUUUUUGAAUCCAUGCUGGUGUGGACCGACUGGAGAUCCAACUCUGUUAUGAUGGCCAACAAAUUCCACGGAGGGAACGUGACAACUAUACACAAAACUUAUACACAACCUUUUGACACUAAAAUUUUGCACCAAACCAGACAACCACGCAAAAUUGUGAAUCCUUGUGGUGUAAAAAAUGGGAAUUGCUCACAUCUUUGUCUUCUUAGUGUCAAUGGGACUCACGAUUGCGGAUGUCCUCAUCUCAUGACCCUUAGUUCUGAUAACCGGAGUUGUAUAACCAACGAGAAAAUGCUGCUUUUCUCAAGACUAAACGAAAUUAGAGCAGUUUAUUAUGACAAGGUUUACUACCAUGCAGCACCCCCAAUUAGCUACCCAUUAAUUGUAAUGCCAGCAAACCUUCAUUUUGUAAGCAAGCACAAACAAGUUUACUGGUCAGAUUCUCAGUCUGGUGAAACAAAACGUGCAAAUAUUGCAAACCCAACUGUUGAUACUCUUAUUGAUGCAGCUGCAGGUAAACCUUUGGCAAUGGGAGUAGAUUGGAUAUCAAAUUUGAUCUUCAUUGUUGUCCAAACGUCAUCACAUAAUUCAAUCUCGGUUACAAACUUGGAAGGACAGUUCUUCUCUACUAUAAUUCAAGGGAAAAAUGAUCUUAAAAAUGUCAACUCGUUAGCAGUGAACCCAUACAAAACUCAAAUAUACUGGCCAGAGGGAAUCACGACCAGUGAUUUUAAAAUUCAGAUGGCUAGUAUGGAUGGCUCAAAGAGAAAAACUUUGUCGACUUCACGAGACAAUCCUUCGUUGGAAAACCCUGCUAGUCUCUCAUACGACUUUACUAGUGAGAGACUUUACUGGAUUAAUCUGAAUACUGAAAUAAUCCAAUACUAUAGCUUCCAUACUAAAGAAGUGAAAAAGUUAAUCUUUGACGAUAUGAAACCACAUGUGAUCACAGUUUAUGGAAAUUUAAUUUUCUUUGCUUCCGAGAAACAUGAUGCAAUAUUAAAAGGGGAUAAGACAAAUGGUGGAACGUUCGAAUUUGUCAGGAAUUAUACUGAAAAUAUCUAUUCAAUUCGUGUGUAUGAUCCAGAAGAACAAAAUGGAACAAAUCAUUGCGAUAGAAAUUUCAGUACAUCCCAAUUCUGCCAACAUCUUUGCAUACCGUCUGUUGGGAAAAGAAUUUGCAAAUGUGCAUUGGGAUAUACUCUGGAUGAAAAGGAUCAAACUAAAUGUCGGACAAUUGAACCGGUUUUAGUAUUCUCUGACUCGCAAGGAAUUAAGGGAAUUAGUCCCCUUCCUAAUCGCACGGACGACUUGCUUGUCCCAAUUCCACUCGUCAGCUUUGCCACUGACAUUGAUGUUGAUGAAGCUGCGGAACAUUUAUAUUGGUUGGAUAGUGAAAAAGGAAAAAUAUCAAGAAUCAAGAGAGAUGGGACAGAAAAGCAAACGAUUCUUACUGACCUGACAGCUGUUUCAGGCUUAUGUAUUGACUGGAUAGCUAAGAAUUUGUACUGGGCGAAUCCAAAGGAUUCUUACAUAGAAGUGUCACAUUUGAAUGGAAGCAGUCAUCAUGUUCUCAUCACAGAGGGUCUAGACAAACCUAUAUCAUUAGCAUUAGAUCCUGCAAGAGGUCUUUUGUUUUGGGCGGAUAUCGUCAAAGGUCAGGUAGAAAGGGCCACCCUAGAUGGACUGAAUAGAAAACUUAUUGCGGCUGAUGUCAAGGCCUCUGACGUCACUGUCGAUCUCGAGAAUCAACGGUUGUAUUGGUGCACCUCAAACGACCAAAUUGAGUCCGUGAAAUAUGACGGAACGGAUAAAAAGCUGGUUUAUUCCGGAUCGCUGAUAACAUCUCAGCUCCAUUCUCCAAUAGUAGACAAAGGAUUCUUAUACUGGGUUGACAUUGGAGAAACUGGUGGAACUAUUAUGGCUCUUUCAGUGAAGAACUUUAGUAUGGUUCACUCGGUGAGGGAGGAGCUGGGGGUGACCAUUAAGGAUUUGGCAAUAUUCAGCAAAGGAAGGCAAAUGGGAACAAAUGGAUGUGCUGCCAAUAAUGGAGGUUGUGAAGACUUGUGCUUCUGGAAUGGUACUGUGGUCAAUUGUGUUUGUGCUCAUGGGAAAUUGGGAAGCGACAAGAAAUCAUGCGAAUCUUUUGAUGCAUUUAUCGCUUACUCUCGAGUCAAUUCGAUUGCAACAGCACAUCUAACUAAAGAAAUCACUCCUAAUGAUCCGUACCCAACAAUACAAUCGAGUGAGCACAUAAGGAAUGCUAUUGGACUGGCAUUUGACUACAAGCGAAACAUUCUGUUUUAUUCAGAUGUACAAUUGGGAACAAUUAACAGCGUCCUAUUCAAUGGAUCUGAAUAUGGUGUCGUAGCCGAAAAACAAGGAUCAGUGGAAGGAUUAUACUUUGAAGCUUCUCAUUCCGAUUUGUAUUGGACUUGCAGUAAUGACGCAUCAAUCAACAGAAUCAAUCCACAUUUGCCAAAUGCAAAGGUUCAAAAAUUGUUAAAGCUCAGUCCUAAUGACAAACCUAGGGGAAUUGCCAUCGACCCAUGUGAAUCUAGAGUUUAUUGGACAAACUGGGAUUCAAACCGACCUUCUAUUCAACGAGCCUAUUUGAGUGGAUAUGGAAUUGAGUCUAUCAUCAUUCAUGAUAUAAGAAUGCCAAAUUCACUAGCUUUAGACCUACCUGCAAGAAAGCUAUAUUGGGUGGAUGCUAGACUUGAUAAAAUUGAGCGCACAAAUUUAGAUGGAACAAAUCGCAUUGUUGUCAUUCGACACAACCCUAAACACGCAUUUAGCCUCGCAGUGUACCAAGAUUAUCUAAUAUGGACUGACUGGGUGCGUCUCUCCGUAUUAAGAGCAAAUAAGUACACAGGGGAAAAUGUUGAGAUACUUCGUCAAGAUAUUCCUAAACCUAUGGGGAUCGUAGCAGUAUCACCACAGGAUGUAGUGUGCACGACAAAUCCUUGUAAUAUAUUAAAUGGAGGGUGUCAAGAUAUCUGCAUUUUUAACGAGCACAAACAAAUAGUUUGCGAAUGUGGUCCUGAUAAAUCAACACUUUCCGAUGGACAAUGUGUUUCCAAAUCUAAGCUUGAAGAUGGCGAACUAUGUGAUGGGUGGACUUGCAAAAAUGGCAAUUGUGUUAGUUUGACCGAACUUUGCAAUGGGGCUGAUAAUUGUGGAGAUAAUUCUGAUGAAAUUGGUUGUGGAAUUAAUGAGUGUGAGAAAGAACAUAAUCCAUGUUUUCCUCAUCACUGUUUGGAUAAGACCAUUGGAUAUGAAUGUCAAUGCCUUUCCGGAUAUGAAUUGAACGACAAAAACAAAACUGUUUGUCAAGUCCUUGACGAGUGUCUCAAAAAAAGACCAUGCUCUCAAAAAUGUGAAAGCUCUGUCGGAUCGCAUUCAUGUUCUUGCUUAGAAGGCUACAUUCCUGAUGGGAACGGAGUUUGCAAAGCUAACACUAGCUAUCCAAUCAAUAUUAUGUUUACCAAUCAAUACUAUAUUCGACUUGUAAAUGACACAGUCAACAACGGAACCCUUAUUUCUCAAAAUCUGACAAAUGCUGUGGCCCUGGACUUUCAUUGGGAUUUUGGGUGCAUAUAUUGGAGUGAUGUUACCGCUUUGGGUUCGUCAAUUAAACGUUCAUGCACGGUCACAAAUAGGAGUGAAGACAUUGGAAAAGUGGAAAUGAACGAAAAUGUGUUGCAUCACUCGAUUUCUAGUCCCGACGGGAUUGCAGUGGAUUGGGUGGCUCAUAAUUUGUACUGGUGUGACAAAGGAACAAACACUAUUGAAGUAUCAAAAUUGUCAGGUCGACAUAGAAAAAUAAUUAUUGCUGGACUGCAAGACCCUCGAGCUAUAGUAUUAGACCCAUUUCGUGGUUAUCUGUAUUGGACGGAGUGGGGGGAUGACCCAAUCAUAGGAAAGGCAGGGAUGGACGGCACAAGAGUACAAACAUUGAUAUCUGAAAAUUUAGGCUGGCCAAACGCUCUUACUCUUUCUUUGGAGACUGAAGAAAUUUGGUGGGCAGAUGCUAAGGAAGACUACAUUGCUGUAGCAGAUUUGCAUGGACAGAAUAGAAAAAUCGUUCACAGCCGAGCACAAAACCCAAGUGCCAAUCUUCAUCACAUUUUUUCAUUAACAACUUUUGAAGAUACAAUCUAUUGGUCGGACUGGGAGACAAAACAAAUAUCCGCCUGCCACAAAUACACUGGGGACAACCAAAGGGCUAUCACUACCAAGCUUAUUCACAGACCCAUGGAUGUUAAAGCAUUUCACCCUUAUCGACAAAGGCCUAUGCUUAAAAACUCAUGUGAAGACAAUCCAUGUCAAAGUCUUUGUUUGUUGUCACCUGAUGGCGGCUAUAUAUGUGCUUGUCCAGAAAAUUUUAUCUUAAAUUCGGAUCAAACGUCUUGCACCGCAAACUGUACAACGUCACAAUUUGUUUGUGAAAAUACUUCAAAGUGCAUUCCAAAGUGGUGGAAAUGCGAUGGUCAACCAGAUUGUUUGGACGGCGAAGAUGAGCAUGAAUCGUGUCCUCCAUUUAACUGCAAUCCUGGCCACGUUCAGUUUGAAAAUUCAACUUGUUUGUAUCCUACUUCUAUAUGUGAUGGAACCAAUGACACAUAUAAUGGCGCAGAUGAGGUCGACUGCGAUAAGUACACAUGUUUGUCAACUCACUUUAAAUGCCACGGGAAUGCAACAGUGCAAAGCAAGUGCAUUCCUACUCAGCAUAGGUGCGAUGGGAAUAGGGACUGCUUCUUUGGAGAUGAUGAAGAUUCGUGUAGCCCAAUCAAAUGUCCUUCCACCCAAUUUCAAUGCAAAACCAAUGGGAAAUGCAUUCAAUGGGAAUGGGUCUGCGAUUUGGAGAACGACUGUGGUGACAAUUCAGAUGAAAACAAUUGUUCUAAUCGAACUUGUAGUGAUGAUAAAUAUCGUUGUGAUAGUGGCAAAUGCAUUCCAAAAACAUGGACCUGUGAUUCUGAGAGGGACUGUUCUAAAGGAGAAGAUGAAAUUAUGUCCGAAUGUGAACAACCCGUCACUUGUGAAAAAAAUCCAAGUUAUUAUUUAUGCAGAAAUUCGCACAAGUGCAUUCCAUCUAGGUGGAAAUGCGACUAUGAGGUUGACUGCCCUGAAUCUGACGAUGAAUUGGACUGUGUCCCACGAAAUUGCUCAGAGAGUGAAUUCAAAUGCGGAGAUGGGCGUUGUAUUCAUUCUCGUUUCGUGUGCGAUAACUUAUUCGAAUGCAGUGAUGGAAGUGACGAAACAAAUUGUCAUGCAUCCUGCAAUAAUCUAAUUGAGUUCCAGUGUGUUAAUCCUCAGACGUGCUUACCAACAAAAUUUGUUUGCGAUGGUGAAUUUGAUUGCCUGGAUGGUUCAGACGAACAAGACUGUGGAAACAGUUCAAGGAACUGUGUAGACGGAUUUAGAUGUGACAAGAACAAUGAGUGCAUUCCAUCCGUUUGGGUUUGUGAUGGGAGUGUGGAUUGCUCUGAAGGCGAAGAUGAGCAGAUAUGUGACAAACCCAUUCCAACCCAUCCAAGUUUAUGCUCUGAUACAGAGUUUCAUUGCUCAGAUGGAAACUGUAUUAAUGUUUCAAAAGUAUGCAAUGGAAAAGUAGAUUGUGAAGAUGAUGAACUAGGCUGUCCAAACUGUCCUUUUGCUACGUGUUCUCAACUAUGUGAGAAAAAGAAGCACGACCGUGCUCAACACGCCUUUUCUUGUGAAUGUGUGGAAGGAUACUUAUCUGAAGCCAAUACGACUCGAUGCUCUGCGAAAGGAGAUUCUGCUACAUUGAUUAUUGCCAGUGAAGACCAUUUAUUGCGUCUGAACAAACCCCAUGAUGUAGACCACGUAGACUUGCUCAUAAGUUCUACCCCAACAAAGGUUGAUUCCGUGGAUUUCUUUAUUGACGAAGAUGGCAGCAUUAAGCUAUUUUGGUCUUCAAGAACGAACAAGGCAAUUCAAAUGAUGUAUAUUACUCCUGAUGGGAAUAGCGUUAGUUCCGUUAGAAAUCGAAGAUCUACCAGCUCCACCGACAUUAUUACAGGUCUGGAUGACCCACGUGGAAUUUGUAUUGACUGGAUUGCAAAAGUACUUUUUUAUAUUGACGCUGGCCAUAAGACAAUAUCCGCCAGUUCAUUAGAUGGAAAAAACAAAAUGGUGAUCCUCCGAAGACUUACUGAACCAUUUGACAUAGCAGUUGACCCCAUCUCGGGACGUAUAUUUUGGAGUGAUUAUCAGAGUAUCGAAUAUGCAUAUGAGGAUGGGAGUGGGAGAAAAGUGAUAGUGCACAGCUUACGUCCUACUGGUCUCGCAAUAGAUUAUCCUGCACAACGUCUCUAUUUCACGGAUAUGAGGAGUCUUACGAUUGAAUCAACAACCCUUGAAGGAAAGGAUAGACAAAUUGUCAAGCGUUUCCCCCCUGGUUGGCUCAAACCCUUCAAGCUGGACGUAUUUGAAGACACAUUAUACUUUACAAACUACACCAGUAACAAGAUUCUGCGCUUAAAUAAAUUUGGAAAAAACAACGUCUCCGACAUCACGUAUGGAGUCGUAAAAGCCUCCGAUGUCGUUUUGAUUCAACAAUACAAACAAAUAUCUUCAAAAGAUUACUGCGCUGCGGUACCUUGCUCUAGUCCUGGUAUUUGUUUAAGAACCGGCAGUUCAGAAGCAACAUGUUCUUGUUCGAGUCAGAAAACUGGUAGUUAUGAAUCUCCGAUUGUAUCUGAAUGUACCAGUUUAAAAGUUGCUUGUGAGUUAAAGUGCAAAUCAGAAGGAAAAUGUAUGAUUGACGGGACUGGGCGGAAGUUCUGCAAAUGUCAAAAAGGAUAUUCUGGACCCACAUGCGAGAAAAACUCGUUUGAUUAUAAUAAUGAAAAUUUGCCACCCGGAUUCAACCCAAAUACAACUUUAGUAGAUCUUUGUGUGAAUAUGGUUUGUAGAAAUGGUGGAAAGUGUGAAGUAAUCGAACAAAUUGCGUACUGCAGGUGUCCAGUAAGUUGGGUAGGAAUCAAUUGCGAAAUUGAAGCGAGUUUCACCAACCCUUGUCAAGGAUAUUGUCUUCACGAUGGGUUGUGUGUAUUGCCAUAUAUAGACCAGCAAAAAGAAUGCAAAUGUAUCAAUGGAUGGAAUGGAUUUAGAUGCGAACAGAAUCCUGUGUGCACUAAUUUUUAUUGUUUUAAUGGUGGAACUUGUAUGCCUAAUCCUGAUAGUCGGAUGUUGCCCACUUGCAAAUGUGCACAAGGCUUCUAUGGAUUAAGAUGCGAUAGACCUGAUAUUCAAGGGAAAGCUUGGCCAAGUAAUGAAGAAAACGGUUUCACAUGGGUUCUAGUGCUAGUUUUCAUUCUCGUAGCUCUAGGGGUUGCUAGUUUUUCUGGCUGUGUUGCGUACUUGGUCAUGAGAAGAAAAGGGAGACCGUUUAUGCACAUGCGAAUGCAAGAUAGUGGAACUGUAGAAAUUACCAAUCCAAUGUUUCUCAAAGAUGAGGGAGACGAGGAUCAUACGUCGGAACCGAGUUUAAUUUUUGAUUCUGACAAAGUACUUCUUCAGGGGACUAAUUUCGCUAAUCCGGUUUACGAAACAAUGUACAAAGAAGGUGAAACUAGUGCUUCGAACGACGAAAAGAAAGGUUUGUUAGACCAUCCAUUAGCCGAUCCACUAGCGUAAUUCUUUUAAGAGAGAGUAUUGUCGUUGAAAUUUCAUUUCUUUGACCUUGUUGUACCUGUGGUUUAUGUUGUGUACCUUAUUAUCUCUUAUGUAUCUGCACCGCAUCAGUUAAAUACAAACACAAAUAAUUGUUUAGUAACGAGUGAUGGAACUUUUUAUCCGGUGUUUUAUUAGUUAACUCUUAUAGUAUUCAGACGACUUGGCACGAUAUGCCAUUCUAUACUAUUUACAUAAUAUAUAAUAUUUUUUAAAUAAUAUGUGCAGCUACAUUAUUACUCUUCAAUGACUGAUCUUAUAGACUUAUGAGUAAGAAUUAUUCAAUUCAACAACGAUAUCCACCACUGAUUUUAGAAUUUGGAGUCCAGCAUUUUAAGAUGUUACUAUGGUCAGUGUAUGUUGAUUACACGAAUUUUUUUGGUGGGGGAAUUACCCUGGGGGGCCUUAUGGAUUUAUAACAUGGUGUACAUAGUGCACAUUGGGACACAGAUUUCUCUGGAACGGGUGGAUGGAUCCGCACAAAAUUUUUUGGUGGUAAUCUAUAUCUAAGUACCUCCACCCCUUUUGGGUAUUUUUCAGAAAUUCAAAUUUUGAAAUUUGUAAAAAAAUAUUUCGAAAAUUCGAAAAAACCAGAAAUUUUUGUUUCGAUUUACGAAUUCCAUUUGUAGUUACAUUGAACCAUGGUCGUCAGAUUUGAUAAAAUAUGAUAAAACUAGACUAUUUAAUACUGCUCUAGUAAAAAUAGCCUCUAUUGUUAAACACUGGUAAUGUUUGUCUAACAUGAAAAACCAUGAAAUCAAACAUCAAGUUGAAGUGAACCAAAUAUAUUUUAAACAUAUAUUUAAAUGUCAAAAUUUCAUAAUCAUUUUGUUCAGUAUUUAUAAAUCAUAUUUUGGUCAUAAUUGUUCAAUGUAACUACAAAUGGAAUUCGUAAAUCGAAACAAAAAAUUUCUGGUUUUUUCGAAUUUUCGAAAUAUUUUUUUACAAAUUUCAAAAUUUGAAUUUCUGAAAAAUACCCAAAAGGGGUGGAGGUACUUAGAUAUAGAUUACCACCAAAAAAUUUUGUGCGGAUCCAUCCACCCGUUCCAGAGAAAUCUGUGUCCCAAUGUGCACUAUGUACACCAUGUUAUAAAUCCAUAAGGCCCCCCAGGGUAAUUCCCCCACCAAAAAAAAAUCGUGUAAUCAACAUACACUGACCAUAGUAACAUCUUAAAAUGCUGGACUCCAAAUUCUAAAAUCAGUGGUGGAUAUCGUUGUUGAAUUAAAUAAUUCUUACUCUUAUGAUAAUGUUUCUUCAACCUGACUUGUAGAAAAACGAUAACUGUAAUUACGAUAUACAUUGUAAGUAGAGGAAAAUUAUGUAAACCUUUUUGUUGUUUAUCAAUGUACAACGUUAUGUCAAUAUGUGAUUUUAGGUCUGAUUAGAAUAUAAUAAUAUCAUGCAAACUAUAAGUUCCAGGAAUGUUUACUCGUUUGAAUAAAAAAUGAAUAUCGUCCGAAACAGAAUGAA